GAUUCUUAAUUGAAAAUGACAAAUGUCACAAUAAACAUAACCUAUAUUUUAUCAUUUUAUUAAAUAAAAAUGAAUAUAAUUCAUUAGUAAAGUGGUUUUACAUCCUUAUAAAAUGAUUAGAGAAUCAACAAGGUAUUUAGCGUUAAAAGAAGAUGAACCUCCACCAAAAAAACUUUUAACAGAACGUGACAUUUUAGUUAAAAACUUAUCUCAAAAGCAAUUAAAUACAGAUAUUAACAUAGAAAGGUAUUUAAAUCAUCAAAAAGUAUUUGAAAAUAACUCUUCUAAGCACAUUCCGUUAACUGCUUGUCAUUCUGGUGGAUCAUCCUUAAAAGAAUUUAAAGAUGUAAUAAAUAAAGUUGAAUAUGUGGAAUAUUUAAGAUCUGCAGGUUUAGAAAGCGAUGAAAUUACAUUAUUAGUGGAUUAUCAACAAAAUAAUCUUAAUGCGGAGAAAUAUAGGAAUAUUGAAAAAUCAAUUUUAAAAGAUAGAAUUGAAAAGGUUUUAAAGAUUGUUAAAGAAUUCGAGGAGAAAAAAGAUGUAGAUGAAAAAUUAUGUUUAAAAAGUUGUAUGGAUGAUAUUAAAGAUUUAGAAAAAAAUAGAUUUUCUCAUUUAAACGAUGAAUUUUUAAAUCCAAAAAGAGUACAAAAAAGAAUUAGAAAUAUAAAUACUAGAAUUACUAAAAUAGGAAAAAGUGAUGAAACAAAUCUUGAUGGAGUGGAAGAUAAAAAAUUAUCUGGUAUUGAUCGAUUUGUGCCACAAUAUGUAGAAGAAUCUAAGUGGGACAGCAAAAUCCCAGAAGAUUUUCAAAAAAGCAAUGUAAAAACGUCCAAAAGAACGAUUAUGUGUGCUCCAAAAAAUUAUUAUACGAUUAGAGAUGGGAAAAUCGUUAAUUUAAAUCAGACGAGUAUUCAAGAAAAAUGUUCCCUAGAAAUAAAUGGUAAUAAAUUAUCCUUGGAAGAUAUUAAAAAAUUACCUAAAUUCACAAAUUAUAACCCUGGAGAAGUUUCAAAUGUAUUGUACUUAAAAAAUUUACCUAAAAGUAUUAAAGAAAGCGAUUUAAAAGAAAUUUUUAUGGAAUUCCCUAAAGUUACAUUUAAAGUAAUGAUGGGGAGGAUGAAAGGACAAGUUUUUGCGACUUUUUUAAGCUCAAAUGAAGCUUCUUUAGCCUUAGAAAAUUUGAAUGGUUUAUUAAUAAAUGGUAAACCAAUGGUUAUUGCUUAUGGAAAGAAUGGAAACGUUUGAAGAAAUUAAAACCACAUUGUUCUGUUCAUAAGAAAUAAAUGAAUAUUUAAGAUACAAACUUAAUCUUU